UCUACCAUUAACCUCCGCCGGAAAUUAUAGUCCCUACACUAAAUUCUUGUUUUAAUACCUAUUAUAUCUAGACUGACAAACGAUUAACAACCAAUGUGCGCUUCCUGAUUCAGUCGUCCAUUUUCAUUCGUAGACGUUGACGAACAAACACUUGACUCCCCUGGGCACAUGAAACUGGACACCCGAGCAUUUGAGGCCCCUCUUUCCAUGCGGAGGAAUACAUUGUUGCUGCUCACAAUGUGGAUGGAGGUGGUCAAGAUGUCUACUAGAAGAAUGAAUUCACCUCAAUUGUAACAACAUAAAGGAAGUCGUGGCGCGAGGUUGUUUGAAUACAGACCUGCAACAUUGUAUUUGUGACGUCGGUGUUUUGAAGAAGGAUGUCAAAGCAGGAAUAAGCCACAUUGUUGCGCCUAUUCAACGCUUUUAAUGUGCCGUGCUUCAGAUUCUUUCAAGUUUUAUGGUUUUUCCCUACGAGGCUCAACCUUUCUUUUUUACUACUGGAUGAAGACAUCUAAUAAGUAGAGGGUGCUUUAAAGACAGAGGGGUAUGACCGAGCCACACCAGAGAAUGACUACAGUGGGAACAGAUAAGGAACUCAGCGACCUGUUGGAUUUUAGUGCGAUGUUUGCGCCCCCUGUGGCCAAUGGGAAAAAUAGGCCAACUACACUUGCAAGCAGUCAGUUUGGUGGUGGUUCAGGAAUGGAUGAACGUAGCAGUCCAUGGAAUGCUGGAGAUCAAAACAGUCCCUCCUUCAACCAGGUACGGAACUAUGUUGAGGGCGCUCACUACAACGAACAUGAUGGACUCUCUUCCCCAUUCAUUGGCACAGGGAUUAGUGGUAAGAAUGAAAGGUGUCCAUACUCUUCCUUUGGAGGCCAGCCUGGGUUCCUGCCUUCAGACAUCGCCAUGCCCUCUGCAGAUGCCAUGUCCCCAUCCGGCCUAAAAUCCGGCUCCCAGUUCUAUCCGUCUUACCCCAACAACCCUCGGAGACGCACCUCAGAUGGAGGCAUGGACCCCCAACCAAAAAAGAUCCGAAAGCCACCAGGUCUGCCAUCUUCUGUUUACGCUGCCACCUCGGGUGAUGACUUUAUCCGUGACAGUGCUGCCUACCCAGGCUCAAAACCUGGCUCUGUGUAUCCAGGAUCUUUUUACAUGCAAGAAGGCCUACACUCCUCUUCCGACCCCUGGGCCCCCACCGGAUCUUUAGGUCAGUCAGGCUACACUGCCAUGCUGGGCAAUUCACCACACAUCAGUCAACCAGGCUCCUUUUCUGCCAUCAACCCACAAGACAGGAUGAACUAUCCUCUGCGUGGAGCGGACGUCAAUGGUUUCCAUUCGGGCUCCGCAGCCUACAGUCACUCAUCACCUAUGAAUGGAUCAGAUAGCCUUAUGGCCAGUAGAGGCUCGGUCGCAGGCAGCUCAGGUGAUGAGAUCGGAAAAGCUCUUGCUUCGAUCUACCCUUCAGACCAUAACAGCAACAAUUUCCCCUCCACUCCUUCCACUCCUGUGGGCUCCCCUCAGGCCAUUGCAACAGGUGCAGCUCAGUGGCAAAGGGGCUCAGGCCAGACUGCUCUGUCUCCUAACUAUGAGGGUGGACUACAUGCACUGCAGAACAAAAUGGAAGACAGACUGGAGGAGGCUAUCCGUGUCCUGCGCAGUCAUGCGGUGGGUCAACCACCGGGUAUUCCCGGAGCCCAAGGCGACAUGCACAGCCUUCUGAGUGCCGUCUCGACAUCCAGUGCAGCCAUAGGGGGUCUCUCUCAGGCCUACUCCAACCCUGGACUGCCCCUUAGCAACAGACACCCUGCCAUGCAGGCUGGAAGCCACCAUGAGGACCAUGCAUGCCUUCCUCCAAGCAGCACCCUGUUACAGUCAGCUCAUGCUUCAGGCACCCCACAGCCUGGAGGAGCACCAGAAGACUUCAACACUUCAGGUUUGCCUGGAGGCCUGGCUCUCGCCACACAUUCGUCGAACAAGUCUGACAUUAAGAGGGAAGACAAGGAAGAUGAGGAGAACUCCUCCGUGGCCGAUAAAUCUGAGGAAGAGAAGAAAGAAAGCAAACCAUCUCGCACCAGACCAAGAAAGGAGAUGUUUACCCAUCAACCCCUUUCAAGUUUAUCAGACCAGGGAGAAGAUCAAGACAAUGAAGAUGAUGAGGACUUGCCACCUGAGGUGAAGGUUGAGCGGGAGAAGGAGCGGCGAGUGGCUAAUAACGCACGAGAGCGACUGCGAGUGCGCGACAUUAACGAGGCCUUCAAAGAGCUGGGUCGCAUGUGCCAGCUCCACCUGAGCAACGACAAACCCCAGACCAAACUGCUCAUCCUUCACCAGGCCGUCAAUGUCAUACUAAACCUGGAGCAACAAGUCCGAGAACGCAACCUGAACCCCAAAGCAGCAUGUUUGAAGCGACGUGAGGAAGAAAAAGUGUCCGGGGUGGUUGGAGACACUCAGAUGCAGCUGUCCGGACCUCAUCCGGGCCUGGGAGGAGAUGGACGAAACUCAGUCAGCCACAUGUGAUGAUGUGAUCUAGUGACAUUUCUUGGGCUCUUGGAAGAAGUGACCUUCAAUUUCAUCCAACGUUCUCAUCCUCUCUGUGUGCAUAUAGUGACUCGGAAAGCAUAUCAUCCAUGAAAUAGGUGCACUCUCCAAACUGUUGGACACACAAACCUACCGCCAAAACUGACACAGCAGAUUUUCCGUGAUCACUCCAGACCACAAUUACCAGCACAAAUGUGAAGAACUCUGUCAGUUUUUUGUAUUUUUCUGCUUCCCUAAAAUGAUGGGUCAUAGAAAUAGAUGCAUUCUGACCACAACUGACAUUUUUUCCACUGCAGAGAGAGUCUGUUUGAUUGAGACGAAUGUCCAGUUUAAUCAUGGAUUUGUGCCUAAUUGUUACGUUUUAUAUCAGAUGCAAACUGCUUAAUUGUGUGGAACAAAGUCGUUUGGGAGUUGCUUGUAUAUGAGCAGAUUUUUUUAAAGUGGUCUGUCAUUCCCAACUGAAAGGUACAGUCUUACGUGCGUUGUGUAACCAAACCCCAUGAGAAGUGGGGAAGAAACUGUGGUGCUUUUGAGGACUAUGUAUCCCAGCAUGCCUGUGCUCUGUGGGCCAGGGCUCUUCCAGAACGGGAGAAAAGCACAUGGGCUGUCACAGCUCUCCAGACUGUUUCAAAACGGGAGAUUUGUUUUGCAUCUCCAGCAUCACCCAUCAUCUGAUGUUACUCAGCUCUCACAAUGCCAUUGACUUCAGUUUAGGAUUGUUCAGCCAAUCAGAAGAAGAAAUAUGAACGGACAUUUUUGGAGCUGCCUGCCACAUCAUACAGGAGCGUCAGCUUCUGUUACCAUUAUAACAACAAUGCUUGGAUUCCGAAUGUUGUAUUUUUUAGGCCACAUCCACACUAAUCUGUUUUUAAGUUCCUAACAUCAUCGUUUUCCAAACUAUGUGGGUAUGUGUUUUCGAAAAACACUGUUUUCAGCAGAGAAAAAUGCUGUUUUGGUGUGAAUGGGAGGUGUAAACGUUGCAAAAUCAAUGUGUUUUCAAACAAAGGCCACGUCCACAUUUAUCCGUUUAAGUUCGAAAACGUCAUUCGUUUUCAAAGUAUGCGGUUAUGGAGAGUGUUUUCAGUGGAGGAAAACGUUCUAGUGUAGAUGGGAAGCGUAAACGUAGCGAAACGCUUUGAGGACGUGGCCUAAACCCCUCCACAAAAUUAAGUUGACCUUUCACUUUUCACCUUUUGUAAGCCAAUUUUUUUUUGUUUUUGUCAGGAUAUUUACAAUCAUCGCUCACUCGCAUUGAUGGCUCAUUGUCGUUGUUGCCAAAAGUCUGCAACCUUUACACAUGUCCACCUCACACAUUUGUAAUGGAUGUUAUUUCGAUUUGAUAAAAAUGUAAGAAUAUAUAUAAAUAUAUUUUUGUUAGUCUAUACAUUGUAGAUUACUUAAUAACAAAAACAUAUUAGUUUGAAGUGUAGAGUCUAUAGUGCAAGUGAACGCUCAGAGACAAGUAUGAUCGAUAUGUCCUGUACAUUUUCAGAAGACCCUGCAUAUAUUUUUGGAAACAUGAGGUAUGCCCCUAAAAAAACUCGAUACUUAAAAAUGAAAUGAUAGAGGUUUGAUUGGUGAUUAAGGGCGCUUUGAAGUGAGUAAUGCUUGAAGCUUAGUUUCCUGCUUUAAGGAAAAAGCUUGGAGUUCUUGGGCAAUGGUGUAGUGUGUCAGGCAACAUUUGCCAAUACAAUACAUUUCUGUCAAACCAACGCACAUAAUCCAACUUGUUUGAAUGUUAUAUUCAAAUGUAGAGCACUCGCUUAAAGUCUCUAUCAGACUGGCUUACUGUGAGUUUAGUUGAUCAUUCUUAUAGUCAUUUCAAUGUAUAUGUCUCAUACAGUCAGUGUGCAGCUUCACAGAUGUUUUUCGUUCACUGGAUGUCAUAUGUGCGUGAGAAGAUGUCCCAGAUGGUUUGAUAUGUAUGAUAAAAUUGGUGUUAAAACCUGUGCAAUUGUUAAAAUGUCCACAAUGGAUAUAAUUUCAAACAUUUCGCCGUCAUCCAGAGGAGGUUGUUCUAAAGCAUAAUGGAAGUGUAAUAGCAAUUCUUGAUAAAAAAAAAAUGUCAGACAUUUAUAUAUUGUGGCCUUCUUCUCAAGACUGUCAUUUUUGAGAGUGAUGCCUUGUCAGUGCCUAAACCUUUCUUCUUUUUUUGUUGUUGUUGUGAAGUUGACCAUUUGUUAUUAUUUGAAAAUGCAAAAAUGGCUCAUUUAUAAUUUUCUUUCUAUUAUAUUGUUUUUCUGGAAAUAUUGGCAUUUAGUUGGCAAUUUAGGCUGGUCUUGAUGUACAAGUCUUUCGUCCUCAUUACAGUGCUGUUUGUGCACCAUUUUGGCAGUUUUAGGAUCUAGUCACUUUUGGUAUGACUAGGUUUUGAGAUGCUAGUGUCUCUAGUCCUGGGAUAUUUGUUAAGCACACCAGAAAAUGGAUGGAUCUUCAUUGAUUCAUCAAAGGUAGGAGCCUGAACACUCUAGACCAAUGUUUCCCAAACUUGGUCCUGGAGUACCCUUAACACUGCACAUUUUGCUUGUCUCCCUUAUUUAACGCACUUGAUUCAAUGUUAGUAGAGGCUCCAUGAGUGGAAUUGGGUGUGUCAAACCCUGCUCCAGACUAUUGAAUUAUUGUCAUCACAUCCAGCUAAUACCAUCCGAUUUUGAAAAUAUGCAUUAGAUUUUCUGUACCCCCCCCCCCCAGUUUCUGAAGCAUUUUCUCUUGAAUGUACAACCGCGUGAAUCAUUUGAAUGAAAUAUUCAUCACGCACCUCAUCGAAGUCAAAUCGCUGCCAAUGAUUUCCAGCAUUAUUACGAUGUGUGUGAAUUUUAGAGAACCUGGUGUCUUGCAGAUGCAGUAGGGACAUGAACAAUACUGCUGUUUUGUCUUCAGAGUGCCUCCGAUUUUUGUCUUUUUAUAUAUAUAUAUAUAUAUAUAUAUAUAUAUAUAUAUA